GGGAAAUGAAAUAAAUGUGAACAAAAUACUGACUUUCUGGAGUUUUAAGGCACAAACAUGAGGGAUGUAUCGAUAUAUUACCUGUUAAUCUUGGGAUGUGUUACGUACAUCAGAUGUCCUGCCCCACCAGGUCCUGUUGAUAUGAAAGCCACAGAAGAGACCAAAACUCUCUACAAGCGUCUUUACGCGCUCGCUAGAGACCCAGAUCAUUUCUUGUUUGGUCACAAGGCAACGACUCAAAGUGGUAUUUCUGGUGGAAUUCCUCCCUAUGAAACUUUUAAAGAUUAUAAAGGAUUCCAAGCUUGGCAAUUUACGAACACAAUGGUAUCCCACAAUGUAACCGACGAACUAAGUGACGUCAAAUUAGUAUCUGGAUAUUUUCCCGCCUUUGUGGGAUUUGAAUUCUUUCAACUAGAUCCACAAUGGAUGGCUAUGCAGCGAUACUUGUCUCAACGUGCGCAUGCUCGAGGGAUGAUACUUGCAAUGACGUGGCAUUUUGGUAAUUUGGCAACAGGUGGAAAUUUCUACGAUCUCCAUGGUUACAAAGUAGUCAGAAAUCUUCUUCAAGGAGGAACCUUGAAUUUGAAAUAUAAUCAAUACUUGGAUAAAAUUGCCGACUACGCUCACAACUUGGUGGAUGAAAAAGGCCGACAGAUUCCGUUCAUUCUCAGACUCUUUCACGAAUCUAACGGUCCAUGGUUUUGGUGGGGAUUAAAUAACGCUGUUAAUAAUACCGGAGAAGACUUAAAAGACGCUUAUCGAUAUAUUGUGGAGUAUCUUAGCGACUUUAGAGGCUGUCACAACAUCCUGUAUGCUUACAGUCCGAACGCAGGUUUUGCUAAUCUGACGUCUGCUGGUACACUUGCCUCAUACAUGGCAGCUUAUCCCGGCGACCAGUUUGUGGAUAUUCUUGGAUAUGAUGACUAUUCCUACGUGCGAUCUCCACGAACUCUUCAAAAGUUUGUCGAUGCCUUAUCAGAAGUUGUUAUGUAUAGCGAAGCGCGCCAAAAAAUUCCCGCCUUAACGGAAGUGGGUUUGAAUGUCUUAAACCAAAUUGACCAGAUUCCUGAUUGGUGGAACGACUACAUUUUAAACUCUAUCAAAGGAAUAAAAUACGUGAAGGCUAACCCAGCCACUAAACGUAUAGCCUAUGUGUUAACGUGGGCCAACAGUUGUCAAAACAGCACAGUUUGUUCGUAUUAUACUCCAUAUAAAGGUCACCCAGGGGAAAAAGAUUUCUUAAAAUUUACUCAGGAUCCAAUGGUUGUUAUGUUAGGUGAGCCUUAA